UAGCCCUAUUCCAGCCUGUCCACCCUAAACGCAGCAGGGGAGAGCUAUGGCGACGAUGGCUCCGGUCGCGAUGCUCGCGAGCAGAGGUACGCAGAGCUCCUGGGGUCCUGGGGGAUUGAAUGCCAGCGGUGCCAGCGGCAGAGCGCCGCGAUUGGGAUUGGCAUUGGGAUUUGGCAGCGAUGGCGCAGCAAUUGCGAGGUUCUCACGGCUCCAGACGCGAGUGGCGGCGGCGGACCUGGAUAAGCUCGUGGAUGAGGUGAAGAAUCUGACGCUGGAGCAGGCGCGGCAGCUGGUGGAGCGGCUGGAGACCGAGCUCGGGGUGAGCGCCGCCACGUUCGCGGCGCCGGUGGCGAUGGCGGGCGGCGCCGCGCCGGCGGAGGCUGCCCCCGUGGUGGAGGAGAAGACCGAGUUCGAUCUCCUGAUCGACGAGGUGCCCAGCAACGCCAGGAUUGCCGUGAUCAAGGCGAUUCGCGCCAUCACCAACUUGGGUCUCAAGGAGGCCAAGGAUCUCAUCGAGGGUCUGCCCAAGAAGAUCAAGGAGGGCGUCGCCAAGGACGACGCCGAGGACGCACAGAAGCAACUAGAGGCUGCCGGCGCCAAAUGUAGCAUCAAGUAGAAGAGAAAGAACUCUGGUAAGAUUUUUUCUUUCUUUCUUCUUCUUCCACCAUCGCUGCAAAGCCUUCUUUUUUUCCCCUCAUCAAUGUAUUAUUACUUGGAUUUUUUUCAAAGGUUGAAAGAAGGCAAACAA